GGAAAAAUGCCACUUCCCGACUAACAGGCGGAAUCCAGCCCAGAUUUUCAAUCCUUUCUUCUUCUUCUUUCUUCCCUUUCACUAAUUUAUCGCGGUGUUAGCACAUUCUGUCUUGUUACUAGCGGACGCCUGUAGGUUUGCUACAUGGGAUCAUUACUUACUGAUCACGGUAACUGAAGUCUGGAACUGAAGGCGGAAUGAGAAGUUUGGAAAACUUUUUUCUCUAAGCUCUCUCGCUCGCUCAUUUUUUUUUUUUUAAAAACACCCUAUUAUUCUCGAUGCUUGUUAAGAAGAAAAAAAACCUUGGGGGCUUCAGUUGUGAACGUGAAACAUUAUCUUCCAGCUGUACUGUGACACAUUUUUUUAAGGAGAAAAGGACUCCUGAUCCGUUUGCCAAAAGAGGGGGUGGGGAGGUGGAAUAAUGUUAUCCAGUGAUUAUUCUGGCUGAGAUGUGUUACUCGGUUUCUUCCUUCUUGAUCAUUUGGUGUUUAAGUAAAAUGAGGCACAGGCUUGUUUGCUGAGUGGAGUGGGAAAUGCAUUUUGAUUUGCUGGCCUAAUUAAAAAUGAUAAAGGAUUAAAAGGAAAAGGUGCACCUGGACUGAAGGGUAUAUUUGUGGAGCAGGAAAAGAAAGAAGACUGGAAGAAUUAUUAUUACCAUUAUUUUCUUUAAGAGCAAUCCCAGCGGAGCCAAACGAAUGUCCCCUCAUCUCCAAAGGAAAGUUCAUCGGAUUUUUAUUCUAGAGAGUUCAUCUUCAGGAUGUCAGUGAACAUUUCCACAGCAGGAAAAGGUGUGGAUCCAAAUACAGUUGAUACUUAUGACAGUGGCGAUGAUUGGGAAAUCGGGGUUGGAAAUCUAAUCAUUGAUUUGGACGCUGAUUUGGAGAAAGACAGACAGAAAUUUGAGAUGAAUAAUUCCACCAGCACUACUGGCAGCAGCAGCAACUCUAAGGAUUGUGGCGGCCCGGCCUCUGGUGCAGCCGGCGCUGAUGGCCUAAAAUUUGCUUCUGUUCAACCCUCCGCUCCCCAGGGGAAUCCACACAAAGAGACCAGCAAAUCAAAAGUGAAAAGGAGUAAAACUUCUAAGGAUGCUAAUAAAUCUCUCCCUUCUGCUGCCUUGUAUGGGAUUCCCGAGAUCAGCAGCGCGGGCAAGAGGCAGGAAGUCCAAGGGCGCCCUGGAGAGGCAACUGGCAUGAAUUCAGCACUGGGUCAAAGUGUGAGCGGCGGUGGCGGCGGCAACCCAAACAGCAACAGCACCAGCACCGGCACCGCCGCCGCCGCCGCCGGGGCCGGCGCCUGCGGGAAAGGCAAAGACGAAAAGCCGGGCAAAGGCCAGAGCAGCCGGGGCACCAAGCGAGAUAAGGAUGCAGGGAAGUCCAGGAAGGAUAAGCACGACCCGCUGCUGGGCCACCAGAACGGCAGUAGCGGCCCAGCCCCUUCUGGGGCACACCUCUAUGGCUUUGGGGCCAAGGGCAAUGGAGGUGGCGCGAGCCCCUUCCCCUGCGGGGGCGCUGGGAGUGGCAGCGUCGCCGCGGCUGCCGGGGAAAUUGGCCGCAGCGCCCCGGAGUCAGGCCUCAUGGGAAACUCUAUGCUGGUAAAGAAGGAAGACGACGAGGAGGAGGAGGGCCACAGGCGGAUCAAGAAACUGAAAACUGAGAAGGUUGACUCCCUGUUUACAGUGCCAGCACCACCACCGCCGAUUUCCAGCAGUCUCGCACCUCAGAUUCUACCCUCCUACUUUCCCCCAUCCUCAUCCAAUAUUGCAGCACCUGUUGAGCAGCUUUUGGUUCGGACUCGUUCCGUGGGUGUCAAUACCUGUGAAGUUGGAGUAGUGACAGAGCCAGAGUGUCUUGGGCCUUGUGAACCUGGGACCAGUGUGAAUUUGGAGGGAAUCGUGUGGCACGAAACAGAAGAAGGUGUCCUAGUGGUCAACGUCACAUGGAGGAACAAAACUUAUGUGGGGACCCUGCUGGACUGUACCAAGCACGACUGGGCCCCACCCAGGUUUUGUGACUCACCAACGAGUGACCUGGAAAUGAGAGGAGGCCGGGGCCGAGGAAAAAGAGCCCGGUCUGCUGCAGCUGCCCCAGGCUCUGAGGCUACUUUCACAGAGUCUAGAGGACUGCAGAGCAAGAACAGAGGGGGAGCCAAUGGCAAAGGGAGACGAGGCAGCCUCAACGCCAGUGGACGGAGGACACCCCCAAACUGUGCUGCUGAGGACAUCAAAGCCAGCCCUUCCUCCACCAACAAAAGGAAAAACAAGCCUCCUAUGGAGCUGGACUUGAACUCCAGCUCUGAGGACAGCAAGCCUGGGAAGCGCAUCCGCACCAACUCCAGGAGCACGCCCACCACCCCUCAAGGAAAACCUGACACUACUUUUUUGGACCAUGGGUGCUCUUCUCCAGUGUUAAUUGAUUGUCCCCACCCAAACUGCAACAAGAAAUACAAGCACAUUAAUGGCCUGAGGUACCACCAGGCGCAUGCACAUUUAGACCCGGAAAAUAAGCUGGAGUUUGAGCCUGACAGUGAGGACAAGAUCUCAGACUGCGAGGAGGCCUUGAGUAAUGUGGCUCUCGAAUGCAGUGAGCCAAGCACAAAUGUGUCAGCUUAUGACCAAGUGAAGGCACCUGUGUCUCCUGGGAACCCUCCUGGGACCCCCAAGGGAAGGAGAGAGUUAAUGAGCAAUGGCCCCGGUUCCCUAAUUGGUUCCAAAACUGGGAAGAAUUCUGGAAAAAAGAAGGGUCUCAACAGUGAGCUGAAUAACCUUCCGGUCAUCUCCAACAUGACAGCCACAUUAGACAAUUGCUCAGUCUCUGAUGGCAGCUUGGCGGCUGAAAUGCCCAAACUGGAAGCAGAAGGACUGAUUGACAAGAAAAACUUGGGAGAUAAAGAAAAGGGUAAAAAAGCUAACAACUGCAAAAUGGAUAAAAACCUCUCCAAACUGAAAAGUGCCCGGCCCAUUGCCCCAGCACCAGCCCCUACGCCCCCACAACUCAUUGCUAUACCCACUGCAGCCUUUACUACCACCACCACCGGGACAAUCCCCGGACUGCCCUCCCUCACAACCACCGUUGUCCAGGCUACACCAAAGAGUCCUCCAUUAAAACCCAUUCAACCAAAGCCCACCAUUAUGGGAGAGCCCAUUACUGUGAACCCAGCUCUAGUGUCACUUAAAGACAAAAAGAAAAAGGAGAAGCGAAAGCUUAAGGACAAAGAAGGGAAAGAGACCGGAAGUCCGAAAAUAGAAGCUAAGCUGGGGAAACUAGAGGACUCUAAGGUGGCUGGCAAAGAUUUACCUGGGCAUUUUUUAAAGGAUCAUGUCAAUAAGAAUGAAGGGCUGGCUAAUGGAUUGUCAGAGUCUCAGGAGAGCCGCAUGGCCAGCAUCAAAGCCGAAGCUGAUAAGGUUUACACUUUCACAGACAACGCACCCAGCCCUUCCAUUGGGAGUGCCUCCAGGAUGGAGUGCAACACGCUGGUGAAUGGGCAGGCGCCCAUGGCACCACUGCAUGUGUUGACCCCAAACGGGGCUGACAGUUCAGCUGCCAAGACCAGCAGCCCGGCCUAUUCUGACAUAUCUGACGCUGCUGAUGAUGGUGGCUCGGACAGCAGGUCAGAGGGCAUGAGGUCAAAGGCCAGUUCCCCCUCAGACACCAUUUCUGGUAAGGACGGUAUUGCCAAAGGGCAUUCUUCCACUCCGGCACAAUCAUCUCAACUGAAAGAAUCCCAUUCUCCCUAUUACCAUGGCUAUGAUGCUUACUACUCUCCAAGUUACAUGCACCCAGGCCCAAUCAGCGCCCCCACAGCUGGGAACAACGGGAGCAGCCAAGGAAUGAAGAUCAAGAAGGAGUCCGAGGAAGAUCCAGAGAAGAAAGACAAGACGGAGCAAUUAGAUUCUAAGAAAGUGGAGCACAAUUCUGCCUCCCUGCAGCCUCAGCACCAGUCUGUGAUCACGCAGAGACACCCUGCUCUGGCUCAGUCUCUCUAUUAUGGCCAGUAUGCCUAUGGGCUCUAUAUGGACCAGAAGUCUCUGAUGGCUAGCAACACCGCCUACAGACAGCAAUACGAGAAGUACUACGAGGACCAGAGGCUGGCAGAACAGAAAAUGGCCCAGACUGGGAGGGGCGACUGUGAAAGGAAGUCUGAGCUCCCUUUGAAAGAGCUGAGCAAGGAAGACAGUAAGCAGAAAAACAUGCCAUCUGCCACAAUCUCAAAAGCUCCCUCUACUCCAGAGCCUAACAAAACCCAUUCUAAACUAGGGCCACCAGUGCCUAAUAAAAAUGAGGAGACAGGUAAAUCGCAGCUUCUCUCCAAUCACCAGCAGCAGCUUCAGGCCGACAGCUUCAAAGCUAAACAGAUGGAAAACCACCAGCUAAUUAAGGAGGCUGUAGAAAUGAAAUCUGUCAUGGAUUCUAUGAAGCAGACAGGUGUAGACCCAACCUCAAGAUUUAAACAAGAUCCAGAGUCAAGGACAUGGCAUCAUUAUGUAUACCAGCCCAAAUAUCUGGAUCAGCAAAAGUCAGAAGAACUUGACAGAGAGAAGAAAUUAAAAGAGGAUAGUCCAAGGAAAACUCCAAAUAAAGACAGUGGUGCGCCCAGCCUUCCUGUGUCAUUAACAAACAUUAAAGAGGAGCCCAAAGAGGCCAAGCGUCUGGAUUCUCAGUCAGUGGAGGAAAACAAAUUGAAAAAUGAUGACCGAAAGACUCCUGUGAACUGGAAGGACUCUCGGGGGACCAGAGUGGCUGUGUCCUCACCCAUGAGCCCGCAUCAGUCGUACAUCCAGUACCUGCAUGCGUAUCCUUACCCUCAGAUGUAUGACUCUAGCCACCCUGCGUACCGGGCUGUCUCCCCCGUCCUAAUGCACAGCUAUCCUGGGGCCUACCUCUCUCCAGGAUUUCAUUAUCCUGUCUAUGGGAAGAUGUCCGGAAGAGAAGAGGCAGAGAAAGUCAAUACCAGCCCCAGCAUCAACACGAAGACAACCACGGAAUCCAAAGCGCUGGACUUGCUCCAGCAGCAUGCCAACCAGUACCGCAGCAAGUCUCCUGCACCUGUGGAGAAGACUACAGCUGAGCGGGAACGUGAAGCAGAAAGGGAGCGGGACCGCCAUUCACCCUUUGGUCAGCGGCACCUUCACACACACCACCACACCCAUGUUGGCAUGGGUUACCCUCUAAUCCCUGGUCAAUAUGACCCUUUUCAAGGCUUGACCUCUGCUGCCCUCGUUGCCUCUCAGCAGGUGGCUGCCCAGGCAUCUGCAUCAGGAAUGUUUCCUGCACAAAGAAGAGAAUAACAAGAUUGGCAGUGUACGUUGUCAUGUGACUGGAUCACAUGGAGAAGCGCUUUAUACAGACAUCAGUUCCAUGGUGUUAAUUUGAAAUGCCUUAAUGGCAGGCAAAAACCAGUCAUUUCAUUUUUGUAAAUUACAGAUUUUAUCACAGAGUAACAAAUGUUGCUGUAAUUAACUUCUGUUUUAUAUAUAUAUACGUAUACAUACUGUAUAUAUACAUAUAUAUAUAUAUAAAUAUAAAUAUAUUCUUUACUUUUUGUAUCAGUAACCAGGCUCGCACACACAGGGUCUGUUGCCAAACCACUCAGUAAAGGAAAUUUUAAAAAAAUCUAUUUGUCAUGUUGCAAAGUGUUAGCCACCAAAGGCUGCUUACUUUUCUUUUUCCUUUUCCUUUUACAUUGUAAAUAAAUAAUGUUAUGUAUCAGUGUGCCUGAACCUAGCAUAUCCUCCAUCUACUUCCCAUAAUCCCCUCAGAAAGGCGACCUGUGAUAAUGCCACUUGGUACAAUUUAGACGUCUAAUUGGUGGCUCCUGUUUACCAUGCCCCGGAUGUGAAAUGUUCUUAUAGUCACUGUUUGUACUUGUGUGUUGUGGAAAGAAGUACUUUGGAAGGCACGGGGUUGCCAGUACCACAAAAACUGUGUUGUAUAUAAUGUAAAGAUUAAGACGGGGAAAUAAUGAGCAUCUGUGAAUAAUGAGGUGUCAUUUUUUUUAAAUAAUCUUGAAUGGCAAAUAACCCAAUAGCCUGCAUACCAGAGGCAUCUGUGAUUGUUCUAUUACUUGAAUAGUCCUGCAGUCUUUUUUUUCCUUAAUGUUUACAAUUAUCCAGUUUUAGAAGAGAGAGACUUUAACACCAUUGCCUGGUUACUUGUUUUAUGCUGUAAUCUAGUUUAUUUUAUGUAAAAUGUAUAUUGAAUGCUUUCCUUUUUUAUACCUGCCUUAAAUAAUUUGGCAAUCAGAAUUAAAAAGUUUUUUUUUU